AUGAUUAUCCACAACAUCGAGGAAGGGGAAUACAUUGAGGAUAAGGAGGCAUUGGAGGGUUUAUUGAACCUGAGGCUGCAGGAGGAGUCGAUAGAAAAACACAAAGCAAUUGUCCAGGUUGUAGCAGAUGACUAUUACUCCUGGAACAAGCUUAAGGACUAUCUUCUAUUGAAUCCCUCCGACUUCCGAAGCCAGCUCAAGGUCUGUGAGAACGCUCUCCAAGGAAAUCCCAAGUCCUACCAGCCUUGGUACCAUAGGAAGUUUAUGAUGGAAAACUUCAAAGAACAAAGAGAAAAAUAUCUUGGCAGAGAAGACUUCUUAACAAAGCUUCUACUUGACUCGGAUCCAAGGAACUUCCAUUGUUGGAGCUACAGGAUGUUCUUCCUCAAAACCAAGACUGGGAGAGAUGUGUUUAACUACUCCUAUCUCCAUCACCACCCAGACUCGGAGGAUCCCCUUACCAUCAUUUACACAGAUCCUAUGGAUCCAACCUCCUGGGAAUACUUCUACCUAUGGAGGGAGAGGAAAAGGAUAAGACAUGGAAUGUACAUCAGGAGAUUCAGGAAUAGGCUGGAGAUUCUACUUGAUAAGCCUUUUUGUGGUGAGCUUUCUUUUGAAAGCGGUGGAACCAGGAAGACGAUGGCCUUUGAACUUCACACCCGGAUUGUUGUGAUAGACGAGUCUAUAAGGACCUCGGAGAGAUGGAAGGUGGUAAUAAAUGGAGAGGAGAUGAGGUUCAUCCCUGAAGAGGAAAGCUUCAGAUUUGUGCGUGAGAUUCUUGAGGAAGAGCCUGAAUGCUACGAGGCGCUACUGGUGCUUCUGGAUUACACCGAGGAGGAGGCAGAAAGAAUUGCCAUAAUUGAAAGGAUUGCAAGUCUGGAUCCGAUUAGAAGGGGUUACUAUGAUACCCUGAAAGAAAACUUCUAUUGUGUAUAUGUUCCAGAGAUAGAGGGAACACCCAUCGAAUAA